CACAACAAAAAAAUGAUAAAAAAAUAUUGAUAACAUAAAACUCAAUUCGUAACUUGAGAAUUAUUUAUAAAUUACUCAAUUAAUAAUUAACCGAACAAUGUAAACCGUAAAAAAAAGUUUUGUUCAAGAUCUAACCAUGGAAGACCCUCCGCCGGAAAAUUUCGAGGCUGUAAAAGCUUCCAAGGGAAGCCAUUUCCAAUUCCAAUCAGAAAGAGAAUGGCAAUCGACCAAUACUCCAGUUACCAGUAGAUUUACACUCAACAUGAAAACCUUAGCGGAAGACUUAUCAACGAUCCCUUUCUACGAAAGACAACAACUACCUAAAGAAUUAUUCAGCGAACAAGAACUGACAGCAAUGGACAAAGAUGCCCAAUUGCAUUCAGAUCAACAAAAACACCCUGAACCAAAACCUAUCUCUAUUCCUGUAGCGAAAAAAAUCAACCACGAACAACCUUCCAUCGUAUCAUCCGCAGUAACAAAUAUUCAACGUGAUAUAAAAUCACUAGAGAUCGAAGAACCGGUGAAAAAAACCGAUGAACUCGAAGACUGGCUCGAUAGUGUUUUGGAUGAUUAAAAAAUAGAACUUGAUCGUUUUCCAGUUGGAAAUUCUGAUACUUUUACGUAAGUAAGUAUUACGUACCAGCUUGCGAAUGAUGAAGAUUUAUAGUUUUUCGUGGUCUUGGGUUAUUAUUAUUUAGUGUUUCGGCAGUGUUGAGUUUGAUUUUUCACAGGUUCUUCGAUGAAUUGUGAUGUUAUUUGACUGAUUUUGUACUAGACAACUUCAAUUCAAUCCGUGUUUGAAUACCUAUAAAAAUAAAUAAACAUAAAUACCUACGA